AUUUUUAAAUAUAGCAACUUUUUGUACGCGUGGAGUGAAACGUCAGCCACGUACAAUAAUCUGUCAAUGGGCAUUUGAACCUUUCUCAUUCUCAAAGUGAAUUUUUCAUCAAAUAAUACAGCACACAGAAGGACGCAAUGGCAUCUAAAUUGAUCGCAGUUCUGCUCAUCGUCGCCGCUGCUGUGUCAGCAGACGACGAGCCAGCGCUGGCCAAACUGCUGGUAUCCAAGCAAGUGCUGAACAAGUACCUAGUUGAAAACUUGGAUAUCCUGGUGAAGUACACGUUGUACAACGUGGGGUCGGCGCCGGCGGUGGACGUGGACCUGGUGGACCACGGGUUCCACCCCGAGGUGUUCGCGGUGGUGGGCGGGCAGCUGGCGGCGCACAUCGACCGCAUCCCCCCGCAGACCAACGUGUCGCACGUCGUCACCGUGCGCUCCAACACCUUCGGCUACUUCAACUUCACGUCUGCCCAGGUCACCUACAGGCCCAGUGAGGACGCUACUGAGCUGCAGUACUCCAUCAGCAGUGCCCCGGGCGAGGGCGCCAUCAUCGGCUUCAAGGACUACGACCGCAAGUUCUCCUCGCACAUCCUGGACUGGGCCGCGUUCGCCGUCAUGACGCUGCCCUCCCUCGCCAUCCCCUUCGGCCUAUGGUACUCCUCAAAGACCAAGUACGAGAAGCUCUCCAAACCCAAGAAGCAUUAGUAAAAAUAUUAAUUUAGGUUUUUAAUUGCCUCUCUUCAAAGUGUUAAUUAGUAAUUAAUUUAUUGUAUUGUUAAUGUACUGAUAAGUUGGUGAAUUGGCUACUAAGUAAUGGUUUGAAGAAAGGUUUUAAGUUAUUGAUAAUGUAAUGGAGAAAUGGGCACUGGCUGACUCGCCCAAUGUUGUACAAUAGACUGAAACUUUCACAUCUGUGUUUUUUGAGUUACUCUAUUCUAGGAGUUGAUUUAAUUUAAUCCUCGAGUUUGUUAGUGCGGUCUAGUGCAGUGGAAGAAAGUGCUUAUCAAAUCAUCUUCAUAUCUCAUUGUUAAAAUUUAAUUUAUAUGAACAAUAAAGUUUUUUUGUACAUA